UAUCAGUUUAACUCUGGAAUCCUUGAAAACAUUUCACCAGCAUGGAUUAACGAAAUAUGAGGAGAUUUGGGCAUGUUCAACAGAAACCACAUCUGGAAUUUCUCCUCUCUUUGGGAGAGAACGGGGCACAUCUUUAAGUUGACUUGUAGAUCUGAACUUUUUCCUAUUUCUGGUUGUCAGAUUCUUAUUUUUUUCCCCCUGUGAUUGCGACUCGUCCUUUUGUGAGCCCUUGCACACUCCCGUGCGUGUUGAUGUGUGAUGUGGUCAGUGGGUCAGGUGCCGUUGGCGAUGCCUGCUGUGUGCCCACGUGUAGGGGGUAAGGAGUGGUGUUUUCAGGAUGUGGUAGGGGUAGACUGCAGCUCUCCAGAACCUUGCUGUAUCUGGGUGGCAGUUUUACACGGGGAUGCACCACAAAUCAAUGCUUUCAACCUCCAAAAUGACACUAUUGAAAGCACAAAUGGCAUCAGUGCUGGCAGAGCACUACCGAGACCCUCACAGACCUGCAGGGGGCGGAGAGAUGGGAUCUCUUCAUCCAGUGAGAACCCUCGGCCGGUGGUCAGGAGUGGAGCAGAUGGUUUUGGCGUGUCCUGGCAGGGUCCACGUACACUGGUGCUCUAUAAGAACUCUCAGGGAUUUGGCUUCACUCUCCGUCACUUCAUCGUUUACCCGCCAGAGUCUGCCCUGCACACCAGUCUCAAGGAUGAAGAGAACGGGAAUGGAAAGGGGCUCCAUGGGAGUUGUCUGGAGCCCAUGGACACCAUCUUCGUUAAGAAUGUGAGGGACAAAGGCCCCGCCCACCAGGCCGGCUUGUGUACAGGAGACAGACUGGUUAAAGUGAAUGGAGAGAGUGUGCUGGGGAAGACAUACUCACAGGUCAUUGCACUGAUUCAGCACAGUGAGAGUGUACUGGAGCUCUCCAUCAUGCCAAAGGACGAGGACGUGCUGCAGCUGGCAUAUUCCCAUGAUGCCUACCUAAGAGGGAACAAUCCAUAUACAGGAAAGGCCCAAAAUCUUCCUCCACCACCCCCUGUCCUCUACCCUCCACAUACAAAAUCACAGCCUCCAGCCCUGGCAAGCCCUGCCCCAGCUUCAUUACACAUGGGGCAAAACCAGCUGGACAACUGGAGCCACUGGCCCAGCUCCUCCUCUGGUCCCUCUCCACCCCUUGACAACCGGACAGUAGCUUCCAAUGCUGUCUGGGCAGCCGAGGGCAGGAGCUGUGAGUCAAGAGGUGUUGGUCACAGUAGCCCUGCACACCGAACUGAGGAGAUCCAGUAUGGAAUGACUGACAGGGGACCGCAGGUAACUGGGCAAAUGAGAGGUCGCUCAUAUUCAUCGUCUUCCUCCUCAGGAGGGAUGAUGAGCCCAUUGCAUCAUGCUCAUCUUGCCAACCACAACAUGGGUACUGCAGUGGGGCACAUUGGAGCCCGCAAGGAAAGCCCACCUUGGGCCAGCCCUUCUCAAUCAAUAUCAACAACCCCAUCCAGCCGCAGCGAAUGCACCCAACAAGCUCUUUCCAACUGGUACUAUAGCCAAGUACCAGGUCGGGAACGGGAACGAGAGAGGGAGCGAUCUGUUUCUCGCUCCAUGCACCCACGCCACAGGAGUAUCUCACAGGACCGUCUAGGUGAUAUUGGGAGGGCCAGGCAUUCGCAGCAAGCAGGUUUUCCCCACAGUGCAUCACAAGACACAUUACUGUUGCUUCAGCAGAGCUCAGCAGCAUACACUGAUCCCUACUGGAACCAUGGAGACUGGCGGGGUGAGCAUGUGUAUGGACAGCACCCGUCUGCAGUGGCCUAUGGGCGCAAGUCCUCUGAAAACCUUCAAGCAAGCCGGUACGGACAUUCAGCACGUUCACUGGAAACUCUUGACAGAGCAGUGGGGAUACUUUCACCACAACUCGAAAGAUCUACUUGGGUCCACCAGCAACCAAACAGGACUGAAAGCUAUCUGAGACAUGCCAGACAUUGUGGCCAACACGCAGAGUCACACCACCAAAUCCAGCAACACCAAGUGCAACACCACACACCACAACACCAUCAACACACACCUCAGCAUCAAAACCUCACACAUGCAGUACACCAACACUCGUCUCAGGCUCCGCAACCACAGCAGAAAGCUCCACAGACAAGACAUUUGCCUUCUUGCCAGAGUCUAGAUGAGGAGCCAAUUGGCUAUCGUAGCUACAGCCCCUCUUUCAACCGGAAGACUGGCCGUAUCUUGCAGCAAGCCCAGUCAUUCAGAGACCCCUCUUACACAGGUCCGCAUCUCUGGACCCCUACACCCAAAACCAGUCCCCCAGAGGGGCUUCCACACUCGGCCACUCCUUCCCCAUCUCCACCAACCACCUCUUCUACAACUGCUAUUCCCACAGCUCCUGAAGGACAAGACAGAACUUACCAACCAACUAAUCAUGACAGAGGGGCAGGGGAAGCAACAGGUGAAGCCCAGACACAGGAAGUGGUUCUGAGGCAAAAACCACCCACUGGCCGCAGGGGUGUGAACGCCCUACGACAUCCUCAUUAUGGCAUAGCUCUUGACUCCAGUGACCCUCUACUCUUUACCUCUGAUCCUACGGAGCCCCCUACCAAAGCAGAAAAUGCCAUUUCUCAUCGCCGUACAAACGGUAACCUACCACCACUAUCCAUAGAGGAUGAUUCCCUCGCGUCAAUUCCCUUCAUAGAUGAGCCAACCAGUCCAAGUGCAGAUCUGCGGGCACGUCAUGUCCCCGCCUGCUCCGUCGUGUCCAGUGGUAUAAACUCCGCCCCUCCUGUGGCCACAAGCCCCGCCUCCCCAACCUUCACCUUUCCCCUCAACCGCCUUUUCUCCCGCGACAGCAGUGAUCCCAAAUCUAAUCGUCGCUCCUCUUACCUGCUGGCCAUCACCACUGAACGCUCCAAGUCAUGUGAUGAGGGGCUUAAUGUGUAUAGAGAAGAGGGCCGGAUCUUCUCGAGGAUUCCAAAAAGAGUCAAGAGCUUCUUUACUGAAGGGUCUCUGGACAGUCUGGCUGCUGCGGAAGAAGCUCGCUCUAAACGACACUCUACCUCUGAGCUGGGCAACAUCAGCUACAGUGAUGUGAAGAGAGAAGGCUGGCUCCACUUUAAACAGAUCCACACGGAGAAGGCAAGAAAGGUGGGUAGUGCCAUCUGGCCUUGGAGGCGGGUGUUCUCUGUGCUACGGUCCCAUUCUCUGUUCCUGUACAAAGACAAGCGAGAGGCAGUGCUUAAAGGGGCGGCGCUGGGAGGCGGGGCUGAAGAGGAGCAGCCAAUCAGCAUCCGGGGCUGCCUUGUGGACAUUGCGUACAGCGAAACGAAGCGCAAACAUGCGCUGAGGUUGACCACACAGGACUUCUGUGAAUACCUGCUACAGGCGGAGGACAGAGAGGACAUGCUGGAGUGGAUCAGAGUCAUCAGAGAAAACGGCAAGACUGACAACGAGGAAUUGGGUUUCUCACGACAGGCUCUCAUCAAUAAAAAACUUAAUGACUACAGGAAGCAAAGUCCAACAGGUAAUAAACCAGACUCCUCACCCAGAGUGCAUCGAAUGACAUUUCUGCUCAGUAAGCAAGACAACAGCGCACCUCCACGUUCCCCAAAACACGAGGCCAAAGAUGAGAGCAGCCCCCCUAAAUCUCCUUGGGGCAUAAAUAUAAUGAAGAAGACUAAGAAAGUAAGUCCUAAAGCAUUUGGUGUGCGUCUGGAGGACUGCCAGCCUGCUACCAACAACAAGUUCAUUCCCUUGAUUGUGGAGAUCUGCUGUGGCUUGGUGGAGGACAUGGGUCUGGAGUAUACAGGGAUCUACAGAGUGCCAGGGAACAAUGCAGUAGUGUCCAGCCUGCAGGAGCAUCUCAACAAAGGAGGAGACAUCAACAUCGCUGAGGAGAAAUGGCAAGACUUGAAUGUGGUCAGCAGCCUGCUAAAGUCUUUCUUCCGUAAACUCCCAGAACCCCUCUUCACAGAUGACAAAUACAAUGACUUUAUUGAGGCCAAUCGGAUGACUGAUGCCAGUGACAGGCUAAGGACAAUGAAGAAACUGAUACGUGAUCUACCAGAUUAUUACUUCCACACUCUAAAAUUUCUAAUAGGACACCUAAAGACUGUGGCAGACCACUCUGAGAAGAACAAAAUGGAGCCGCGUAAUUUGGCGCUGGUGUUUGGCCCCACUCUUGUCCGGACCUCAGAGGACAACAUGACAGAUAUGGUCACCCACAUGCCUGACCGCUACAAGAUUGUGGAGACACUCAUUCAGCACCAUGCCUGGUUUUUCAGUGAUGAACAAGAAAAAGAGGAAAAGACACCAGUGGACACAGAGGAUGUUCAGCCCGCCCCAAACAUAGAUCACCUCCUCUCUAAUAUUGGUCGGACGGGUCCACUGGGGGAGGCAUCAGACUCAACCAACAGUGAUUCUGCAAAAUUUAAGGGGUCGUGGGGAUCAAAACGUGACUUUACUGCCAAGGAUAUCCUGACGUUCUCGAUUAUGUCGGCUGUGACCCGCAAACGGCGGAAACGGCAUAACGGCCGUCUCCUCGGAAGCAGCACGGACGACGAUUCUGAGCAUGAACCCCUUAAAUCCUGCAUCUCUGAAAAAGACGACUUGCAAGAGAUGGGGCAGGUCGCAUCUUUCUGUGCCCCUCGAGCAGAGGGAGAAGAGGAUGAAGAAGAAGAAGAAGAAGAGGAGGAAGAGGAGGAGGAUGAGAAACAGAAGGCACAAGAGCAAAAAGAAGAAGUAGUUCCCAGCAUUUCCUUCACAGAGGAAGCGGCGCCAGCAGUGCUGCUGAGCGAGGAGGAAGAGCAAAGGUGUGAAGUGAAAGGUCGCAGCUGGCGAGGAGAUGAUGCACGCUCUAUUGUGUCAGGUUAUUCUACUCUGUCCACUCUGGGGCGGAGUUUAGCAUCAGAGGGGCGUGGUGAAGAUGCAGAUGACGAGCACAGCGAACUGGUGAGUGAAACUGAUAAUGAAAGCGGAUUUGCUUCACGCUCGCUCACCCAAGAGAGGCCAGAAAAACCAAGCCGUUCAAGCCAGAACUCCCACAGCUCACCCGAACCAACGGCACCGCGCAGUUUCCUCUAUGCACACUGCAAAUCGCAGACACCUUCUGCUGCUCCGCCUCCACCUUCCCUCACAACCAGUCCUGAAGAUGGUACAGCACGUUCAUCUACUCCCUCAACCUCCUCUUACUCAUCAUCCUCUUCCCAGCGCCUCCACAGCAGCCACUCUUUUAACUCCCACCGCCUCAUACAGUGCGACACCCUCGCACGCCGUCGGCUAAAGGCAGACAAAGCCAAAGCAUCCUCGGUGGACCUUUCAGAACUGUCCAGCUCCUCCACCACGGAGGGUAAACGGCAGUCAGGUGCAAAUCAAAUGCUUGAUUCCUCUCCACCUCGUUCCCCAAAAGCCAAAUCCUCCUCCAAAGGAGUUAGCGUGCAAAAUGAGUGCACGGCAACAUCCGCAGCCAGUUCUGGGAGCUACUUGUUGUCUACUGGGCAGGGUUCCCUGGCGGAUCAGGUCCGGGCUCGUCUGAUUGGCUCGGCGGAUGAUCUACGCACCGUUGGCCUGAGGAAGAAGCUCUCGCCGGAGACACGCCGAAAGAGACGUGCGUGGAGGAGGCACACAGUGGUGGUCUCCCCUACAGACAGUUCAGACAAAAAAACACCUACGCCACCCCCCAAACCGCUAGCUUCACCCUCCCCUGUUGAGAAGCAGAACAUUGUAGACUCCCACCCAGAUUCCUCAAAGACUGAAGAACCCACUGCACAUCGGGUCCUGCCUACCUCGCGCUUUCGUGAUUUCUUGUAGCAGUGAUGGUGUGCACAGGCUAUUGUGUUGUAGCUGUGCCCUCAGUAUGUUCACACUGACACGAUUCUGCAGUGUCCAACUGUAUCUGGUGGCGGAUAAUGUGAGUGUCAUUGUGCACCAGUCAAAACUGAAUUGAGAAUGAUUUUAAAUUCCAGUUCAUUUUUGGAAGUUGAACAGAAUUUCAGUUGAGGUAGCAAAAUAGAAUUGAAAUUUGAAUAUAAUUAAGUGGAACUAAAAUGGACUGAAAUUCUAAUAAAACUACAACAAGGGCAUUUUCAGACCUGUAGACUGUUUGCUUUGUUCCAGGAACAGGGUCUUGAAUUGUUGCAAUGUUGCACUUUUUCCUUGGUUAAGUUCCCUUUCACAAGGCUACAUUUCACUUACCAAAAUGUGUUUAUGCUAGUCACACGUGUGUAAAACUGUCCUCUCAUUGGUCCGAUUGCACCUGUUUAACUUCCUGGAAUCCGCUCAUCGUGUCAUCCAUCAGAAUGGAUUGUUACACACACUCAUAUGCUUGAAUGUACAGCGGGGAAACUAUUUAUUUGACUCCCUGCUGAUUUUUCCCCACUUAUAAAAAAAUGAAUGGUUUGUAAUUUUUAUGGUAGGUUUAUUCUAACGUUUAGAGAAAAAAAAAACAUUAUAUAAAGGGUAGAAAUUAAUUUCCAUAUCAGUGAGUGAUAUGAGUAUUUGAUCCCCAAGCAAAACAUGAUUUAGGACUUGGUAGAAUUUAGGACUUAGAAACCCUUGUUGGCAAUCACAGAGGUAAGACGUUUUUUUUUUGUCGUAGUGUGUUACCAAUGUUUUGCUCAGUGACUGUGGUCCCAACUGCCUAAAGAUCAUUAACAAGCUCCUCCUGUGUAGUUCGGGGCUGAUCCCUCACCUUUCUCAUGAUCAUCCUUACCCCAUGAGGCAAGAUGUUGCGAGGAGCUCCAGACCAAGGCUGACUGAUGGUUGUUUUGUAUUUCUUUCAUUUCUGAAUAAUCACACAAACAGUUGUCUCCUUCACACGAGCUUCUUGCUGAUGCUCUUGUAGCCCAUUCAAGCCUUGUGAAGAUCCGCCAUCUUGUCUCUGACAUCCUUUGACAGCUCUUUGGUCUUGCCCAUGGUGAUGGGAGAUGUUGGAAUGGAAGAUAAGGUUGUGGGGACAGGCGUCUUAUACACCUAGCGAGCUGACAUUAGGAGUAACUUCUUAAAGUGACAGGACUAAUCUAUGUUCCACAUGUGCACAUAACCAAUCUGUGGGAGCCGGGACUCCUGAUGGUUGGUAGGGAUCAAAUACUUAUUUCACUUACUGAAAUGCAAAUCAAUUUCUAACCUUUAUUUAAAGUGUUUUUUCUUUUCUGGAUUUUUGGUUGAUAUUCCGGCCCUAUCAGUUUAAAUAAACUUACCAUAAAAAUUACAGCCCCUUCACUUCACAUCUGAGUGUCAUUGUCAUUUCUAAAAUAACUCAAAUAAGUUAGAAAAUGUGUCCGGUUCUGAAAAAAACGUUUCAAGCCAGCCAGGUGUGUAAACACCCUAAGCGUCAUUUUUAACGAGAAAUCAAAGAUUUGUCAACACAGACUUCUGCCUCAUUUGAUAAUUUUUUUGUAAUUUGUCAUUUUCACUUUUUAGUAAUUGUUUCACUUUAUUGACCAAGGUGGAAAAACUUCUAAUUUCCCAGAAUAUCCUUACCUGUUGCAAUUUCUUUGAAUUGUAAUUUCCUUGAAUUGUAAGUUCCACUUCAGUUCCUUUAGUAGUGUGUGACCAAAUUUGAUUGUAUGGGAGUUCCUUGAAUUGAAAGGGAGCUGAAACUAUAAUUUUCCUAGCCCUGGUCUAUACUUCUAUUGUUGCUGCAUCACAUUGCUGUUCAUAUGCAUAAACAUGAUCUCUUCUUCAUGCAAUUGAGUGUCUAAUGUUGCUUUUAGUAUGUUCCCCUCAAACCAUUCUCAAUGAAAACGAAACCAGUCUCUUUGUCACUGCAGAUCACUGUCGGUGUGAACGACCCUUUAGGUUGCCAUGUGAAUACUAAAUAAAAACUGUUUAAAGCCCUCAGUUUAGUCAAAUUUACAUUACUUUUACUCAGAUUUACUUCACCUGCAAGGCAAAGGAGCUUUUCAGUGUUGCCAAAGUUUUCUUCUUCCUUUUCUUGGCCAGUUACAUUGCAAGAUUCUGCCAAGACCCUGACAACUCGCAUGCCAAGAAGUGAUUUUGUGUUUUCAAGUCCCAGAUGAACCAAUUCUUCAAACAUGCCAGUACAGUAUUGGCUAAAUAGUGUUAGCAAACAGGAACAGUGUUGAUAGUGACCAUUUUAACAUAGGCCAUUGAGCUCCGAGCAGGUGCAUGGUUCCACCAGUAACUCAUUACAUUAAGAUCCAUUAGAAGCCGUGUGUUGUGUUCACCUUCCCACAAGUUCAUCUACAUUGAGUAACAGCUCAUUGGUGAAAUCACUUCAUAUGAGUGUGUAUGUGUGUCUGAAAUUGCCUGUGUAUACAUUAUGUGUUCGAGGAUCUGUGAGUCAAACGAUUUUGUAACAUUUGUACAAAGCCUUGCUUAAGUUAACCUUGUAAAUAAACACAUUAUCCUUUUUUAUUUUAGUUUAUAUAUGGUUUACAAAGUGCACUUAGGUGCACAGUCAUUUCUUUCAAGAUGUUACUUGAAAUGUUUUUCCUUAAUAUUUUUUGUUU